GAAUUUAUAUCGAGCAGUUCGUGUAAUUUGUGUAUAACUGUUUAAAAAUCUUGCUUAUAACUGUUUUGUUAUUAACUACUGGAGAAUGCUGAAGUGUGACUUGUUUAUUAUUAAAUGAUCAGCAACAAUCUCUGACAGUGACAUCGUUGUUGGCCUGUCCUGUAUGCAUGAAGUAUUAAAUUGUUAAAUGCAAAGAACAUCAACAGAACAAUGGACGAAAAUGACAGCGAAAAGACCUCGUUCUCCAGAGUAUCAUCAAUGUUCAAGUCUGUGCCCUGCUCAAGAAAUGCUUUUAUGUUUGGCAUCCUAGGCGGCUUUGGAGCGGGAUUAACAAACUUUCUUCUCACCAGUCGUGUGAAGAGGUCGGCAGAUAUUGGAGUGGCAGCAUUCACACUAACGACACUAGUUACUUUUGGUUAUUGUCGAUACAACAGAGCCAAGUUGCGCUUGAUACAGAGACGCUAUGAAGAGCUCCAUGUAGUAGACCCCAUUGACUUGACUGAGGUGUCUUAUAGAGGGCCAGGUGACCUCAAGUGAAUAUCAUGGACACAGACGAGUGUGAUUAAACGAAUAGUGUUUGACUUAACUGAAGUUCCCGGAUGCAGGAAGUCUUGGUUGUUUGUGUUUGAACUGUCUAGUGGGCUAUAGGUUCAACCAGCGAUAAAACAUGUCUGUAGGCAUUAGGUUGUACCAGCGAUAAAUAACGUCUGUGUAACAAACUUUCUUGCUAACAGCAAUUAAGGAAUCAACAAAUAUGUUGGCCUACUCACAAGGAAAAGAAGAGGAAUUCUAAUUGAAGGUCACAUGAUACAAGUCCCAGCCUACAGUUUUUCAUUGUUAGAUUUUUUGCCAUACAAAACGAAAGUUAAUCGCCCAAAGUACAUGGAAUUAUAUGACCGUCGACAGUUGGUGUUCACUCCACAUGGAUUUGUAUGAAGAUUGCCAAGUUUGCAUCUUGUGUAGUUGUAUAGAUCUAAGAUACAUUUGUUUAUACUUUAAAACUAUGCAGAGUUUAUGAAAGAAAAUAUUUAUUAAAGCUGAAUGAAAGUGAAAACAAAUGAAAUAUCUUUUGUCAACUUUCUGUGAUAAAGUUUGAUUGACUUAUGGAUAAGCAUACAAACUGUAAACAAUCAAGCCAAAGCAAUGGUUUCCUAGUUAGGCCUAUAUGGGUGUUAACAUAUCAACAAUGAAUAAUGCAGUACAUGUACAUAAUUGUAAAGCUUUUUUCAGUCUAUGAAAAGAAAACUUAAUGUUGUCAUUAUUUUGCUGAAUUUUCCUGUAAACCUACUCAUUAAUUGAGUUUGAAGCAACAUUGCUUCUUAACAAAUCUAUCGAGUUUGUAUUUUAACUACAAACCACAGUGAAUAAAUACUUGGUAUAGAACCCUUGCACAACCCUUAGCGCACUAACAUGUGCCCAUCCUGUCCGCUAUUGUGGGAGUUAAUUUGAGAGUUAAAACUGUGCACAAAUGAUGGAAAUGAUAGACGCACAUUCUUAGGAGGUGCUUCCGCGUUGUGCAAGGGGUCCCCACAAGUCUUGAUCUUCUAUCUCCUGAAAUAUCAUAUGGAAAGCUCACCAGACAUACAUAUAGACGAUGUGACCUGUGUUUACAUUUAAACCGCCCUCUAUUGGAAAAACACUGUAUACGUCAUG